GAUUAGGUGAAUAAUCCGACAAAGCCAAUUAUGUCGUAACGUGCCAGUCACACUCCAAAGGGCAUGCGUCGUUAACACUCGCGCUCACCAUGGUUUCCACGAGCCAUUAAACAAAACAUCGAUUUAUAUAGUUUAUAAGCUGGAGGGAAACAUGCUCCAGAGUCACCAUUGAGCAUGUCCAAAUAAAUCUUUGAAUUCACGAACUUUUAUUGCUUCUUGAGAGUGUUUGCUUUACUUUUUUGAGAUAUGGAUAAUGCGGCGGUGACGAGGUGUGUAGGAGGGUAUUAUGUUUGGCUGGCGUUCGGAGAUUCUGAAUCGCUCCGGUCAUCUGAGGGGCAUAAUUUGAGAAUAACGUUGCAUGAUUCCCGGAGCUCGGAGCACGUCGUUAGUAGAGGUUUGAAGUUUGGCGGGCAAAGUCAACGUAGAAUAAGCUUUAACCGCCCGAUCAUGGCGACAGAUGACUCGAGUUCAUCACGGUCCUCUGAUUAUGCCGGUAAUAAUCAUAAAGUUCAGAUAUGUUUCUUAUGUUAUUUGGUUUGACUUAAUCUCAGAACGUUACAAAGUCUUAGCAUCGACAAACAUAUCACUAAAUGCAUCUAAUAUUAAAUUACCUAACUAGGUGAAACGCAGCAAACCAACCGAACGCAAAAAAAUAUCGUCUGGCAUUCUAGUCCCAUAUAUCAUUAAACCCGACAGACAAGAACUGAUUAAGCAAAAGGGCUGUGUCAUCUGGAUUACUGGCUUAAGUGGUUCCGGUUUGCUUGCUUCUUAGUUUGAUUGAUCUCUCUCUUAAGUGUAGCUUAACAUUACAAAGAAAAACAAAGAAAUUUCUGACGGAAUUUGUAGGGUUUUGGAAAAGCUUCGAUGUUUCCUUACAAAUUUUCGAUGGAUUGUUUUUCCUGCAAGAUAAAUAUGAAGAAACGUAUUUGUCGGGAAAUUCGUAGGAAAAGCCAUUUUCAAACGACUUUCCGAUGGAUAGAAUUUUUUUUUAUUUUCUUGUAGUGUGAGGUGUCUUCUUGAGUUUUUUCAUAUCUUUUUUUUUUCAGGGAAAAGUAGUAUGGCGUGUGCUCUUAGCCGAGCUUUGUACAAUCGUGGAAAGCUCUCAUAUAUUCUUGAUGGUGACAACGUACGACAUGGUUUAAACAGCGAUCUUAGUUUCAAAGCAGAAGAUCGAGCUGAAAACGUUAGAAGAGUUGGUGAAGUUGCUAAGUUGUUUGCAGACGCUGGAAUAAUAUGUAUUGCUAGUCUCAUAUCUCCUUACCGGAAGGAACGAGCUGCUUGUCGUGCAUUGUUACCAGAAGGAGAUUUAUUGAGGUUUUGCAAUAACGCAGAGUACUCAACAGCAUGGACACUUAACCCUAUAUGUUUAACGUCUUCCUUUGUUUUGGUUCUCUUCCUUUUUAACCCUAUAUGGAUGUGCCACUCCAUGUUUGUGAAGCUAGAGACCCAAAGGGCUUAUACAAGCGUGCACGCGCUGGCGAAAUCAAAGGUAGCAUCUGCAUCUUUUUUCAACUUAACCCAGCUUGUUUGAUCUUCUAAAUUGAGCUAUACCUUCAUGAAAAUCAUUUCUCCUUCCGGUUUCACAGGAAUAGACGAUCCACAUGAAAAUCAU